GUGUUAGAGAAUAUAGAGGCAGGAACGAGUAGCUGCCUCUGCUGUGUCUAGCUGUGCUAGCACCAGCCAUUCCCCAUCCUGAUGAGGAGCACUCUUCCCAGUGCCCUGCAUGUGUGUGCCCUGUUUGUUUAAUUUUGGGUCUGCUGUAAUGAAGGCAGCCUGUGUGCCUGCCAGGCAGCUCUAAAUUCUUUAGUGCCACAGUGCAAGCAAAUUCCCAUGGUCCCACUGACCAUACCUGCCCUUGAUGCCUUCCACUCACAAGAGGAUGGGGCACAGAAGUGCUGCAGGGACAUGCACGUUGGUCUCUCCAGCUAUUCCCUUUCCUCUCCCCUUUUCACAACAGACAUGUUGUUUACCAGGUAGGAACAGAAGGAAUAAACAGCAGUCUGGGAAGGAGGGAAGAAUUGAUUUUAUGCAGCAGUUGCUUGUGUGCUGCCGGUCCUGCCUCGUUGCAGCUGCGUUCCUUGGGCAGCAAAUGACCAUGCCCAUGCCAGUGUGAUCGGGUGUAGCAGACAUCUUGUUGGAAGGAGCAUUGUCCUCUAGGUAUAUAUAAAUAGCCUGGCUCCUGGCAGGCUUCAGGAAUAUCUCUGAUGGUGUUCUGGGGACUGCUAGUCCUGUUCACCUCCCGUAGGUCAUGGAUGCACUGUAGAGAGCCUGUGCCACAGCUGCUGGAAGAGCACAAAGUUGUACUUGAUGAUGUGUGCAUUUGUUUCUGAUCUGUAACUGGACAUCAGUCCUGCUGGGAGUAAAGCAGGGGCAAACAAAAUUGUUGUUUGACGCCUGCAAGAUGAAAAGGGAAGGGGCACCUGUAGGCUGCACAGGAGUACUGGCCAGGGCUGAGUGGGUGCAGUCUGAGAGGGGAGUGCAGUUUGGGCUGUCAGAGGCACAGCCACGUCUGUCAGGUGGUAUUUGUAUGGAUAAUUCCUUGGGCAGUGUACUAGCAGUCUGAACUGAAAAGCCUGAGGGGAAGAGGUAUGUGGGGAAAGAAGCAGGAGCCUGGGUAAAAGUCUCUGUAAAGCAGGCCUGGGAAUUGCUCUUACCAGUUCUAAAGUCUUGUCUCCCAUGGCAGGGAAGGAGUCUGCUCUGCUCUGUUUUUUGGCACUUUUAAUCUUUGUUUUCUUGUGAGCACACCUUGGCUCUGAAGAUAAGGAGGAAGAAUGUGUUUCAGGGCCCUGGCAUGCCAGGGGUUGACAGGUACUUUCUCAUAGAAAAGACCUACAACUGGGGUCAGUUUUGCGUGACUGGGAGAGGUGGAGGCUGCUGAGGCAUCAACCCGGAUUUGUGAUGGAAUUCCAGUGUGUCCAAGGCUUUCCCUGUACCCCUUGCUCAGGGUUAUAUCUUAUUGAACCGUACUGGCUGCAUCCUUGGGGGCAUCUGGAGUCUGGUAGGACUGGAGAGCUUCUGAGCUGUGCUUGGGCACCUGUUGGAAGGACAUAUUAAGGUAACCUGCCCUGCUUGGGAGUGACAAGGAUGAGGCUGGGAGCAAGUGGUGCAGAGUGCCAGCCUGCUGAGUCAGCAUGACUGGCCUGGAGCAGCCAUGCUCUGGACCCUGCCUGCUGCUUGCAAGGCUAUUUUUUAAAAUGUGGCUUCCGUGUAUUCUGACUCCUCCUACUUUUUUAAUUUCCCCCACCAUAAACAAAAAGGCAGCGUUGCCACAAAGUCUCCAUAGGAGCAGAGAUGUGGAAGGACAGCAGUUUCUGCUCAGGGACAGAGUCUGCUUCAUGUGAGUCUAGCUCAGCUGGCUGCUUGUUGAGUGUCUUCUGGGGCCGGGGCUAAGUGGGGACCAGGAUGUGGAGCACCAUGGGGCGCUGCUGCUGGACCCUGCCAGAGGAAUGCUGUGGACUCUGCUGUGUCCCAGGCGCUAAUUUGACCUUCCUUCCCUUCCAGAACCCAGCUGACAAGGCUGUCGUGUUAUGACGACCCCCAACAAAGGAAACAAGGCCUUGAAGGUGAAGAGGGAGCCAGGCGAGAAUGGGACCAGCUUGACAGAUGAGGAGCUGGUGACCAUGUCUGUGCGAGAGCUGAACCAGCAUUUACGGGGCCUGUCGAAAGAGGAGAUCAUCCAGCUGAAGCAGCGUCGGCGCACGCUGAAGAACCGGGGUUACGCAGCCAGCUGCAGAGUGAAGCGCGUUACCCAGAAGGAGGAACUGGAGAAGCAGAAGGCAGAGCUGCAGCAAGAAGUGGAGAAGCUGGCCUCAGAGAACGCCAGCAUGAAAAUGGAACUCGAUGCUCUCCGCUCCAAAUAUGAGGCUCUCCAGAACUUCGCCAGAACCGUGGCCCGGAGCCCCGUGACCCCUGCACGGGGGCCUCUUACUUCCAGUAUGGGGCCCCUCGUCCCUGGCAAGGUUGCUACUACUAGUGUCAUCACAAUAGUGAAAUCCAAAACGGACGCCCGGUCUUAGUGAAGUGAGCGUUGCCUGAGCUUGUCUGUGCAGGGCAGUUAGGCACAAAACCAGCCUGGAAUCCCCAAAGCACAAGCCCUCCCCACAUGGGUCCGGGUUCCUUUGACUUGGCCCAGGACUGGCCCGCUGAUCGCUCCAGUUUAUUUUGUUGUGUCCAGAUUGGUAUGAGCAGUGGUGAUGCAUCCCUUGUCCUGUGCAGACAGAGCUUCCCACCCAGCAGUCUGUAGCCCUCGGGUGCCCUGGGGAACAGACUGUGAGAUUUUGGUUUUCUACCCAAAGAAAAUCUGUGCAGCGUGGCUGACAGAAGGGUGGAGGAGUGGCCCGAGGAAAGCUUUCUUCCUGGGGGCUGGCAACCCUAAUUUUCGGUCACUUCCAAAGGCUUUAUUUCAUGACUCUUCCAGGUGGUGCAUCUCAGCGCCUGAACCUGCUGCUUUUGUCUCCUUUGGUACCUGUAGUUACAGUUGGGGUGUUCUGUGUCAUAGGUUUUUAUUCCUUUCUAGGUGUGCCUCUGUGCCCUAACCGUGGGUUUCCCUCAGACGUCCAUGGCGUUAGCUGUGUAAACUGGCAGUGGUGGGAAGGAUGGCGCUGCUGUGUCCUGCUGCUGUGGUCCUGAGGCCCUGCAGGGCCCAGCACCCUGGGAGGGAAGAAGGGAGCAGUGGUACUGUGUUGACUGCAGGCCGGUUUUGUGCCUAAUGUGUUGCACUGAACAAGACCAAAAUCACUAGUUGUUCCCGUGUUUUGAGGGUAUAAAGUGUCUCUAGUGUGAUGGUUUACACAACCAGUUUAUGUGGUUAAAUAGCCCUUUAUUUAAAGAGAGAAACAUCAUUUUAAGAGUUAUUAAAUUAUCUAAGUUUAAAAUUGGACAGAAGAGAGAGCGUAUUUAUAGUCAGCUUUUUUACCUGAGAAGGCGAGAAUAUUUGACCAUAUGAGUGGGGAAAUAUUCUCAGAGACUUUGCUAGUUAAAAGUUAAUAAAUAAAUAAUUUUAAAGUUUCUCAUGAACCUCCCGCAAACUGUUUGUGGCUCUGAGGUUAGUUUUUAUAAAGAGUUAUCAGACUUUAUUUAUAAAACCUAGAAAAAGACAAAAAAAGAGGCAA